UAUCGGCGCGAUGGAGCUGAGGGCCAGUGCCGCCGAGUAGCGGCGGCGUGAGGUCCCGCGGGCCGGGUGGUGUGACCCGAGGGCUUGGGUCUCCGGGUACUUGGGAGCCGCCGGAGGGUGCGGAGAGAGCCUAGGAUAGCCGUCCGCCGCCACUCCCCGGCAUGUCGGCCGAGGCCUCGGGCCCGGCGGCGGCCGAGGCCCCGUCCUUGGAAGCGCCUAAGCCCUCGGGUCUCGAGCCUGGCUCCGCCGCCUACGGUCUGAAACCGCUGACCCCGAACAGCAAGUACGUGAAGCUGAACGUGGGCGGCUCGCUGCACUACACCACGCUGCGCACCCUCACGGGACAGGACACCAUGCUCAAGGCCAUGUUCAGCGGCCGCGCAGAGGUGCUCACCGAUGCGGGAGGUUGGGUGCUGAUUGACCGGAGCGGCCGUCACUUUGGUACAAUCCUCAACUACCUGCGGGAUGGGUCCGUGCCACUGCCUGAGAGUACCAGAGAGCUGGGGGAGCUACUAGGCGAAGCGCGCUACUACCUGGUACAGGGCCUGAUUGAGGACUGCCAGCUAGCACUGCAGCAAAAAAGGGAGAACCUGUCCCCGCUGUGCCUCAUCCCCACGGUGACAUCUCCCCGGGAGGAGCAGCAGCUCCUGGCCAGCACCUCCAAGCCCGUGGUGAAGCUCCUGCACAACCGCAGUAACAACAAGUACUCCUACACCAGCACUUCAGAUGACAACCUACUUAAGAACAUCGAGCUGUUUGACAAACUGGCCCUGCGCUUCCAUGGGCGGCUGCUUUUCCUCAAGGAUGUACUGGGGGACGAGAUCUGCUGCUGGUCCUUCUACGGGCAGGGCCGCAAAAUCGCCGAGGUGUGCUGCACCUCCAUUGUCUAUGCCACGGAAAAGAAGCAGACCAAGGUGGAGUUCCCAGAGGCCCGGAUCUUUGAGGAGACCUUGAACAUCCUGAUCUACGAGACUCCCCGGGGCCCAGACCCAGCCCUCCUGGAGGCCACAGGGGGUGCAGCUGGAGGUGGUGGGGCAGGCCGAGGGGAGGAUGAGGAGAACCGAGAGCACCGUGUCCGCAGGAUCCAUGUCCGGCGCCACAUCACCCACGACGAGCGUCCUCAUGGCCAACAGAUUGUCUUCAAGGACUGA